AUUUAAUUCUGUAAUUUAAGUACAUUUUAAAAAUGAGCACAAUAUCCUAAUUUAAACCAACCUUAAUCAAACUUGAAACAAUCAUUCAUUAGUUGGAAAAGAGUUUGGGAGUUGAACAUAAACCAUCCCCAUUUGCUGAAUUCAUUCAACUUAAUACCAAAUAGGAAAAUGAAGCAAACCCAAAGGUAGAAUAGAAGGCUGAACCCCAAUAGCAAAAGGAAUAGCCUGAGAAAAAGGCAGAAUAACCUCAAAAGAAGGAAUAAACUGAAUAAAAGGAAAAGUAACCCUAAAAAGAAAAAAAACCAUAAUAAUAAUAAUAAUAACCAUAAGGAGGUAAAAAGGCACCAGCUCCAGCUCCUUAAGAUCUCGGACCUUUUACAGAUUUUGUGAAUGUCGAUAUAAGAGUUGGAGAAUUAAAGAAAGUUUGGAAGGUACUUUCAUCAUUUAAAUUUAGCAUGAAGAAUCAGAUAAAUUAUAUUGUGAAGAAAUUGAUAUCGGAGGAGAAAUCAGACAAAUUGCUUCAGGAUUAUAAUAAUUCGUUCCAAUUGAAGAGAUGACUGGAUAAGUCUUAGUGUUAGUGAAUCUCAAAGGAAGAAAAUUAGCAGGUAUUAUACAUUACUAUCAUGUUUAGGAUUUAUGUCUAAUGGUAUGGUUUUAUGUGCAUCUGAUGCCACUCACACAAAGGUGGAAUUGAUGAGACCAGCUCCUGGAAGCAAAGUAGGUGAGAGAGUCAAGGUCCAAGGAAAUGAAGCCAUUUUCAAGGAUGAAAGAGAAGAAGUCUUGAAUCCAAAGAAGGGACAAUGGGAAAAGGUGGCACCACUUUUAAAGACAAAUGGAAAUCUUUAAGCAGUCUUUGAUGGUAUUGAUGAAUAUUAACUUAUUAGGCCAUCUUUUGACAACUUCAUAAGGUCCAAUUGUUAGCAAAACAUUAGCUAAUUCAAAUAUUUCUUGAGAAAUAUGUAUAUUAAAAAG